AUGUCCCGCCUGGGCUCGUGGCUCGAUGAGGUCCAGUGGCUGGUCUUGGUGGCUCUCUUCGUCGUGGCCCUGGGCACGGUGGGCCUGUACCUGGCGCAGUGGGCGCUGGCCAGGGCGCUACCCCGCUCCCGGAGGCGGGCGGCGGAGCCUGGCGACUGCCAGCGCCCAGAGUCGGAUGCGCUGCUCGCCUGGAUCCUGACUCUGAACAGCUGGAGGAGCCAGUGGCAGGCCGCCUGGGUGACCGCCCUGAACGAUGAGGCCAAACGGAAGGGGGGCCCACUGCUCCUCUGCUUCCAGGAGGACCUGCUGCAGCCACCCCUGGAGCUGACCGUGCAGCAAGUCUCCAGCAUGGCCCGAUCGGCCCAGGAGAAGGUGGUAUUUUGUCACGUGGUGGGCGAGACCAUCCAGUUCCUGGUCAACGUGGGGCCACUCUCGUCUGAGGACACGGGGCGCUCGCUGUAUGGUGUGCGGCUCUCUCCGCUCCAUCUACAGCUGGAGCUCCACAUGAAGGAGAAGAGGGAAGACAUUCAGAUCAAGUGGUCCUUCAUCAGCACCCCAGAGAUGGCCAUCACAGUCCAGCCCAAAGUCCUAGGGGAGGACCUGGUAGCUGGGACAGAGGCAGUCUCUGAGAGCCUCAAGGACAUUCUGAAGCACCUGGUUAGCUCUGCCUCCCCAUCGGUGGUUCUGAGCACCACGCCUGCGGACCUGAAAGAAGUUCAGCAUCUGCAGCGCACUUCAGUCACUCAGGAAUCCUGCCCUCCCAAACCUCCAAGGGCUCAUGACCUCAAACUGUUGGUGAAGAACAUCCGAGUCUCGCUCCUGAGCCAUCCUGGUGCUUCAGGCAAUGCUAACCCAGUGUGUAUAGUUCGGCUGAAUGAUCCUGUGCAGAAGUUCUCCAGCACCCUCGCAAGAAACACUACUGCCCUCACUUGGGAAGAAGAAUUCACCUUUGAGUUGAAUGCCAAGUCGAGGGAGCUGCACCUGCAGAUUUCAGAUGACGGGCAGCCCUCAGAAGCUCUGUUGGCGAUGACGACUGUCCCCUUGGAUUUGUUCAAGAAGCAGCCUUCCGGGCCUCAGAGCUUUACGCUAACCAGCGGGGCCUCCUCGGGCAGCUCGGCGUUGGGUUCAGUUACUGCAGAGUUUUCUUACAUAGAACCCGGUGAGGGAAAACCCUGGCAAAUGCCUGCACCUGCUCCUGCUGCAAAGAUAGAGAAAGACCGCACUGUGAUGCCAUGCGGGACCGUGGUUACUACUGUCACUGCCGUGAAGACCAAGCCUCGCUUCGACGCAGGGAGGGCGUCCCCGCUGGGCUCUGAGUCUCCCCUGAGGACACCUGUCAAGGUGAAGGUCAUCGAGAAGGACAUCUCGGUCCAGGCCAUCUCCUGCCACGGUGCCCCCGUCAGCAAAACAUUCUCUUCCUCAGACACAGAGCUGCUGGUGCUGAACGGGGCUGACCCGGUGGCCGAAGUCGCCAUCCGACAGCUCAGCGAGUCCUCGAAGCUGAAGCUCAAGUCCCCGAGGAAGAAGAGCACGAUCAUCAUAUCCGGGGUCUCCAAGACCUCACUAUCUCAGGACAGUGACGCAGCCCUGAUGCUGGACUACGCAGCCUCCAUGGAUGGUGCCCACCAAGAGGAUGCCCCCCAGGACCAGCCGGAGGGGCCUGUGACCUCUGCCCCACCCGAGGAGGAGGCCCCAGUGGGGACCCUACCGGUCCUGGAGCCCCAGGAGAUAGAGCUAGACUCCUGGGACUUGGAGAAGGAGCCACCGGCUGGGGCGUGGGGUGGCCAGGCCCUGCAGGACCCCGAGGGGGACGAGUUGUCUGAGAGCUCCCUGAGUGUGUCGGAGUUGGAGCCAGCCGCUGCCAAGAAGCAUAAAGGAGGAAUUUUAAGGAAGGGUGCCAAGCUCUUCUUCCGCCGGCGGCACCAGCAGAAAGACCCCGGCCUGAGCCAGUCGCACAACGACCUUGUGUUCCUGCAGCAGCCUGAUGGGGCGCGGAGGAAGGGGGUGACACUCUCCCGGAUCCUGAACAAGAAGCUGCUCUCCAGGCACCGGGGCCAGAGCACCCUGAAUGGCGCCCCCUCAGACCCCUGCCCGUAGGCCGGUGCCCCCUCUCUGUAAGCUGCAGGUGUGGAUCCACCAUCACCACCUGCCGGGAUACAGCCACAGGGCCAGCGAGCUGCUGGACGGCCGCCCUGUCCACCAUCUAGCUGGGGUUUUCCCAACCGUUUUGUCUUUUAAAGGGAAAACAAAACAAAACAAAACAGUCUCCAUCCAGGAGGUUUCCCUGAAGAGAACCUGCAAAGCCCAGUUUGCCACCAGAAGCCAGGGGACCCGAAGACUCCACCGUUUGUGCUCACAGCUGAGAAUUGAAGUUAAAUGGGAGGAUACUUCCUGUGCGAGCUGUGGAACUCACUGUAAGGGGCUGUGGAUGGGCAGCUGGGGAAACGAGCUCGGUCCUCCGUGCUCUAACCUUGGUUGGUGCCUGGACCACGUAGCAAAGGGGGCGGUCCCUCCAUGCUGUCAUUGUGAAUGGAAUGGAUGGGUCACCUCUCCUGAUUGGCUACUCAGAGUAAAAAGUGCGGCUGCCCCUGAGGACUGAUAGGAGGGACACGGGCAAACAGAGA